UCGAUCAAACAGAUUGGCUCCGCACAUGAUGAUUGUCAUUAUGUAUCUAGGCUGUGUCUAUAAUAAGUAGACGAAAAAGUAAUUUUGUGUGUGUGUGUGCUGUGUGUUGACGAGCGCAAUCAUCGUGCCCGGUGACCUGAAGAAGGGGCUAGACGACGACGGCUAUAUAUCGUUAGAUUGAUCGCGUCAAUAGAUGGGAAGAGACCAGAUGCUUUUAGAUCUAAUCGGCCACGCAACAACGAGCCCCCUUCCAAGAUUGACGACGUCAUCCAACAACACAGUUUCGAUUUUCUCUCUCUCUCUAUCCCAGCAGCGUAUUUCCUAGAGCCAUAAGACCGCACCCUUCAUAUUAUCUUGUAUUCCAGAGCGACCCGUUGAUGAGCGCGCUCGUUAUCAGCAACUUUUAUCAAGCAAGUCCAACUCUUUUUCUUCCGUUUCUAUUUUCAAUUUUUUUUUUAAAUAAAAAAGGCCAUCGACACACGUACGAAGAUGAAGACAUCAACUUCUUUUUCCAGUUCGAGUCUUGAAAAGAUUGGCGUUUCCAUCGAUUGAUCUUUCUUCCCUCCCCGUUCGUCGCAGGAGACUCGCGAUCCAAUUAGAUCGAUAAAAGAAGACGAGAGUCAGCAGUAGCACACGCAAGCAAUCUUUAAAAAUCAUCUCGUCAUAUAAAAAGAUAAUAAACACAACGACUAACGUCUGUGAGAAGAAGAAGGAGAAGAAAAGAGCCACUCGUUUUAUUGAUUGGUCCUUUUUUCUUCUUCUUUUUCUUAUUCUCCGGGUGUUUUUGGGGAUGUGAUGUCCCUCCGAGAGCAAAGUCUUGGGGAGGUCGACCUUUCUGUAUGUGUGUGUGUCAGCUGGGAUCCAUCUACGACAAGAGCAACUACUGUUAUUAUUAUUGUAAGGAUCUUUUAGUAGGCAAGCGGCAGUAUACACAGCAGCAUAACAUGCAAUAUGUAUGUAUGUAUCUAGCCUAGCUAGAAGCUUUAUAUGAAACGUUUCACCCAUUGAUUAGUUGUAGACGUCAUCAUUUUCUCUGUACAUGCGCCCGUGUUGGCCAUGCCGUUUCACAUUGUUUUCCUCCUAUAGAAGCAAAUACUUAUUGUAGGUCGAAAAAAUCUUUGGUAACCAAAGUGAAUAAAAUCGAGCCAGUGUUGUGCUGUGUGAGGAAAAACACAACACAUUGACAGAAAUAUAAAAAACCCAAUUUUUAUUAUUCCCAGUUAAAUCCAGCCCAUCCUGGCUGACUCAUAAGGACAAAAAACACACACAACAGCCAACGUUCUUAUUUCUCUCUCCCUUGGACGGCAGGUCUAUAUGCUGGGGGGGAGGUACCGGAGGUAUAAGGCCGGAAAGAAAUGGGGAUGGGGGGGGAGAGCUCCCGACGCCGAGAACGAGACUUUGCCUACACACAAACGACAUCUGCUUCCUGGAUCCGUCCGUCGUUGUGUCGUUAAGAGUUGCCUCCUCCUCCUCCUCCUCCUCCGUCACCUGCCCUCCUCUCUCUCUCGGCUUGUCUCGCUGAUUUGUUUGUUUCCAGCCACAAACGGCGGCCAUCGGGGGACUUGUAAAAAAUAAAAUAAAAAGGGAAACCGGCUCGGCUUCUCUCCUCCCAACCAGUGAGUGAGAGGGAAAGAAGAAAAAAAGGAGAGCGUGAGCGCAGAUGGAGGGGGGGAAAAGGGGACACGACCGCUACACAACUCAUCAGUCGCGAGCUGAUCGUCAAGACUUGCGCAACUUUUGUAUCUCCUUUUGAGUUUUUUUGUUUCGGUUUAUUCCCCCAGCUGCUGCUGCUCUUAUUUAGAACUUUGUUGUGCUCCGUUGCGUGAACGAAUUCGCGUGUUUUUGAUUUUUUAAUCCCGCGCGCUGACUGCCUGUCGUCAUGGAAGACGUGACCGUUCAACCGCGCGCUCAUCUCGCCAUCGGCCGCCAGUGGAAAUCGCGUUCCGUUCUGCUUCUGCCCAACUUUUCCAGGGAAAAACCUCCACCCGUGGCUCCGGGACCGGUCAUUCAACACGAUGGUCCCGUCAUGCAGCUGAGCGGCAAAGGACUCCUAGUUCCAGGCUCCUGGAAGCGUCGCUACUGCGUCCUGGACGGCCGUCGUCUCUACUACUAUCAGCUCAACGGGGAAAAUCAGGGUCAUCUGCAUUACCGUGACAAGACGAGUCACUACGUCGACCUGGACAACUACGACAUUUGCGAAGAAGCCAAAGGCAUCAAAACCGCUUCAAAUGUGUUAGUCAUCAGCUCGUCAGAGAUCGAGAAAUCUUUUUUCGACACGGGGCGGCUGUACCUGUCGGCCGAGACUGCCAAAGAAAUGAACGAGUGGAUCAGUCAGAUCCGGUCGGCCAUGUCGGCUCUGCGAAACGGCCCAGCCAAGGCUCAGCCUCCUCCCAAGAGCUCGUCCAAGUCGGCUGCUGCUGAUGUAUCGACAUGCUCCACUGCUGAGGCGGCCAAGAUGAACACGACCGAGACGGGAUUAGAAAAUUCCAUCCUGCUCCUGAAUCCCGGCGAACAUUUGGAUUGCAUCACCAAACAAAGGGCCAAGGGACCCACUGGGCGUCGACUGCCGCGCCAGGCCAAAUCCCGACUCUAUCCGGCGUCGGACGCCGUCCAGCAACAGCAGCGCAGCGAGAGCCUCCCGCGGCUAGAGCCGGCGGUCAACAACGAUCCCGUCAACAUCAGAAGCAGUCAGCUGAGCCGGGGCCAUCUCAAUCAGCAGCACAAUCGCUCCUUUGAUACCGGCCAGCAUCAUCAGAAUAAGCGGGCGGCAGCUUACGCCUACAGUUCCAGCGAGGAGAGUUUGAAUUUAUCGUUCGCCCAGCAGCCGCCGGAUCAGCAGCAGCAACAAGACGAGGAGACGGUGGAGACGUUGUGCGAGAUUCCUUUGAUCCAUCACUCGACCAGCACACCUUCGCUGGUCGCUCAUCCGUCAUUCGGCCAAAUGGUGGCCAACAAUCAUUGGCUGAAUAUCGGAUCCAGCAGCUCGACUCCACGACCAGUCACUUCCGGCAAGCGCCGCUCCGUUCAGCCUUACAGCUGCACCAGCACCGACGAUCCGCCCGGAUUGCCACACCAGUACCAGCUCCUGCUCCAGCAGACGGCCGCCAUUAAAACGACGCUGUCCGGAUUGGAAGCGGAUUUCGGAGCGUCGAGACGCGACAUGGGCUGGUUGCAGGAGAAUCUGACGACCGUUCAAAGCGCCACCGGAAGCGUUUCCGACAAGGUCGUCAAGAUGCAGUCGCAGGUGGCCAACAUGGAGCGACAGAUCAACGGAGCCGUCAAGGAAGCGCAGCAGUUGCAGCAGAGGGCCAAUGAUGCGCUGAAAUCGGCGUCGGAUGCCGAACGUGACUUCCGGCGGCUGGAGAACGACUGCCAAUCGUUGCUGAAUCAGCUACUACGUCAACAGCAGUCAUCGAAUUCGUUGGCCGAUCCACUGUGUCUCAGCCCAAUGACUCCUCAUCCGCCUGGAAGCUUGAUGAUGAUGAGCUUCCAGCAGCAGCAGCACGGAGCGGAUACGAGCGGUCAUCAUUUCUCCUCUCAGCGCUCUUCCAGCCAACUCCCGCCGUUGGCACCCGUUCCGCAACUCAACAUCCCGCCCACUUUCGAUUUCGCUGCCCUGUUGACUAAAUCUAUGCCGAUCGGAUCGUCGGCAGUGGCGGCGGCGGAGCCCCGAAUGAAAUCCUCCUUCCGGAGCGAGGGUGUCAAUAAGAACGGAACCAAAUCCAUUUCGUUCGGUCCGAUCACGACGUACGCCACGUCUCCUACAACGGAUCCUGAUGAUGUCAUCCCGGCUGCCACCAGCACUCUGAGGAAGACCAUCAGUCAUAGCAGUGGGCCAUCGUUCGUUCUUCCGGUUUCGGACUUUAAUCAAAAUUCCCCACAUUCUAUGAUGACUUCUUAGACAACAAUUUUCUAUCAAUUUCUUAUUUAAACUGUUUAGGCCUCAACCAAAAUAUUAUUUUUUAUCAUACAAGGAUAUAUUCCCGGUGGAUUCUCUGUUAAGGUUUGAGAAUUAUAGGGAAACAUUUGUUUUUUUUUCAAUUUUCGUUAGUCCUUUCAGAAGAAACGUGUGAACUUAUUCGCCAUUUGUGGGAAUUCCAGCGAUUUUUUAUUGCUUUUCAAACUAAAAUUUGUUUGGACUUAAUUUGAAUUAAAACUCCUUUUUACUUUUUUUUUGUAUAUCGACUAAUUCCAAAUCUUUUUUUUCCAGCAAUGAAGUACUUCCAUUUCCUAUUCUUCCUUUUUAUUAGUUUGAAUUACUUUCCUACUUUACUUUUCAU